CUGGCUCUGGACAUGUAGUAUUCAACCCGAAGCGAGUUACUCUUCUGUCUGCUGUGUGUGUCGAAGAGCCUUUCCAAUUUGAGUUUGAGAUCGUUGCUAGUGUGUGAGUAUUGUAAGUGAGAGAUCGUAAUUUGCUAGUGUUUUCUUGGGUUGUUGACGAUGGCAGCCGUCGUGUCCCAAGUGGGUGCCGGCACCGGUGCCAUGUUGGGUGGGAUCAAUUUGCCUUGCCGAGUUGCGGGCGUUUCUCAAGCUGCGAGGUUGGUGAACUCUCCUCGUUUGUUGACCCGGCGUGCGGGGCGAGUGCGUUGUGAGGUGGAUGAAGAAGGGCCUAAGGCUCCCAUUCCCACCUCCACUCCUGGAGUGGCAGGUUCCUUUGAUCGAGCGACUAAGAAGACAAUUACCAAGGAAGAGGUGCUGCAGAAUCAGGCGACCAAUGAGUCUGAGCAGCGAUCCAUCUUUGGUGCUAAGCCCACUCCUGGGUCCGUGUAUGGCCGUCCUGAGGUCGAGCGGAGACCCGAGACCGGAGACUUGUCGCCCUGGAGUGUCUUUGCUUUUGAUGGUGCUGCGCCUGAGACGAUCAAUGGCCGACUGGCGAUGUUGGGGUUCGUGUGGGCAUUGGUUGGGGAGAAUGCCACUGGUCUUUCGGUGAUUGACCAAGUUUUCAGCCCCGGAAGCACUGGUUUAAUCUGGUUCCUUGCGUCUGUUCAAAUUUUCACGUAUGCAUCCUUGGUGCCGAUUUUUAACGCCAAAGAGUCAACCGAUGCUCGCAGCUUCGGUCCUUUUACAGCGAAGGCAGAGAGGUGGAAUGGGCGUGCAGCUAUGAUCGGAUUCUUUUCCCUCAUCGUCACCGAACUUUUCCUUCAAGGACCAAUUUUGAAGUUGUUUGCCAACAGCGUUGUGCCUCCAGUCUAGAUUUUAUCAUUUUAAGGAUUAUUGUCUUCUAAAGAGACAUGUGGUCUAGUUAGAGAGCGUAUAAAUUUCGAUUUUCAUGACGAAGAAUUAGUAUGUCGAAUGCAGGGUUGAACGGAGCCGUUGCUGUAUAUAAAUUUCUGACAUUAUUGGAAUACUUCUAAUUCCUGACAUAAAGGUUACUUGCAAGAUUUUGAACUCGAAAAACGCAA